AUGAAGUGUACAUUGUGGUUGUCUCUAUCGCUGUUAUUGACAUGGAAUUCCUAUGUAAAAGCCGAAAUUUCAAAAUCAAGAGUUGUUUUGAAAGAUAAUAAAUAUACUGGAAUGGUUAUUGCUAUUAACCCACGAGUACCAGAAAGCAACGAUCUGAUCGACAAAAUAAAGGAAUCGUGGAUAGAAGCUUCGGAGUCACUUUUUGUUGCAACAAAAAGGCGGGCUUAUUUUCGAGAAAUAACUAUUCUUGUACCGAGUACAUGGACUGGUUAUAUCGAAUCAAAGAGAGCAGAGGGAGAAACAUAUGAUGCGGCCGAUGUCAUCGUUACAAACCCGAAUCCAAGCUACGGAGAUGCACCUUACACUGUCCAGUAUGGCGGGUGUGGAUCGCCGGGUUCAUACAUUCAUUUUACACCAAAUUAUUUUGUCAAUGAAGAUAUGGUUAUGAACUUCGGGAAGCGAGGUAAAGUCAUUGUUCACGAGUGGGCGCAUUACAGAUGGGGAGUUUUCGACGAAACAAGUGAAUCUGACCCAUUUUAUGACGAUGUUAAUGGAAAUACUCUUACUGAUGUAGAAAUGAAUGAACCAAUAAAUUUUGUAACUCAGUGUCCGAAAAAGUAUCCGGUUUGUUGCACAAAUAGUGAUAAUCAACAAAAUUGUCGAACAGGUCGCGCAAGUUGUAGAAUUAACAAACAAACUGGUUUAUACGACGAAGACUGCCUUUGUUAUCCUGGACAUUCAGAUGGGAAAUACGAUUCAUCGCUCAUGUCUUAUCAGUAUUUGAACGAGAUUACACAGUUUUGUGAUGCAAAUAGUCAUAACAGAAACGCACCAAAUGAUCAAAAUAGACUUUGCGAUUUAAUGAGUGUUUGGGAUGUUAUGGAAAAUUCGAUCGAUUUUCAAGAGAACAAAAAUCCUCCAGCGGGUUCAGUUGAAUCAUUGCGGCCAAUUUUUACAAUAAAAAUGGCUCAAGAAAGUCAACGAUUUGUCUUAGUUCUAGAUGUUUCUGGAAGUAUGUCUACGGUGGAUGGAGAUUCAGGCGAAUCUCGAUUUGAUCAAAUGCAGAAAGCAGCCAACUACUUUGUUAUUAACUCAGUUCCAUAUGGUUCGCUCGUUGGUAUCGUAGAAUUUGACCAAAAAUCUAGAAAAGACAGUGAUUUGAUGAAGGUGCAGUCAUCAGCAGACCGUGACAGCCUUGCAAACAAUUUGCCGAGUGCCGUUGGCAAAGGAUGCAACACAUGCACUUGCAUAGGUUGUGGAUUACAAAAGGGAAUUGAGGUGCUUGAAGCUGGUAAUUCUAAUCCAGCAGGAGGAUACUUACUUGUUAUGACAGACGGUAAAGAGACUUCUGGAUCGACCCUUUUAAUCGAGGAAAUUUACGACGAAAUUAUUGAAAAGAAAAUAGUCGUACAGACGUUAUUCGUGUUUACCUCAGCGAAUCAGAUAUUAGUUGAUCUUUCCAUUCAAAGUGGAGGAAGCUGGUUUUUCGCCGGUGGAGACGAUUUUCUGGCUCUUGUUGAUGCCUACAAUGACAUGUCUAAAGUCACUGAUGGGGAUGACAAUAAGAGAACAUUCCAGAUAUUCAGUGAGUCAGUCAGAUUGGAAAGCAGUAAUGAUAACUUUGGGAACACGAUUCCCAUUGAUAGCACUAUCGGUAAAAAUACAGUGUUCACUUACACUUGGUCGUAUGGGAAUGUAGCUCCAAAGGUUUUACUUACUCCACCAAAUGGUGUAUGUCAAUAUACAAACGUGAACUCAUUUGCUUCAAACCCUUGCACAAAUAUCGUUCACACAAUCAAAAAUGAAUAUAAGACGAUGAGGUUUGAGCUCGGAAACGCGGAGUAUGGCACAUGGUCAAGUUACGUUGAGUUACCAAAUGGCAAUUCACAAACUGUAACUAUAGUAGUUACCUCUCAAUCUGCCGGUACUGAUGUGGAGCCAAUACUUGUGGAGUCAACCCUAAGUUCUGAUGGCAGUCAACCACUUGUUUACGCAAAAGUCACACAAGGCUUAAACCCAGUUAUUGAUGCCAGAGUAACGGCAGCUAUCGCGUACCCCGAUGGAAGCACCGGGACGCCUAUACAGCUGUUGGAUCGUGGCGCAGCCCCGGAUAUCCGUGGAAAUGACGGAAUAUAUUCAAGAUACAUAACUGGAUUUUCGUCUACUGGGAGAUAUUCUGUAAAGGUGAAUGUCGAAUCGUCACUUAACAGUAAGACAUUGACUCAAAUGCAACAGUCAAAGGCAGUUUAUAACCGUGGAUACGUAGACGAAAACGGUAAAUUUGUUUCGAAUCCGAACGGGAGGACUUUUCUUCCAAAAGACACUCCAUUUGGAGUCACAGCUGAUUCAAUGGGAGCUUUUGCUAGACAAGCUUCUGCUGGCGCUUUUGAACACACGUCGACAGGUGUUGGAACAGACACCUUGCCACCUAGCAGAAUACUAGAUUUGAAUGCGGCUCAAAGUGAUUUUUCUGAUUUUUCUGAGUGA